CUAUGACAUAUGCAUGUUUUCGGCACCUAAUUAACAUGAAUCUGGCAGGUAACUUGCAGUAGGAAUUCACUUUCGAUAGACAAACCUGCUAUCCUACGGCUUGAACCGUUAAAGUCAGGGAAAAAAGGUCUUGUUCGAGUUCAUACCGCUCGUUGACUUAUCCCGCUAGCAAUGUCGUCUCAAAGCAUAAAGAAGAUUGCCAUCUUCCCGGCCGCUGGUAAAUUGGGGACCAGCGUGUACCAGCACAUCACGAAAAUACUGCCGCCAGAGCAGAUAGUUCUUAUCACUCGACACCCAGACAAGAUACCACAAGACGUGGUCAAGGCCGGCAUCGAAGUGCGCAAAGCUGACUACAAUGCGCCCGAGAGCUUCAAGGACGUCUUCAAUGGCGUAUCUUACCUUUUCCUAAUCUCCUAUCCCAGCAUCGAAAUUGAAAACCGCUUCCAGGCUCAUCAGAAGGCCAUCACGGCAGCGCUCAACAGUAGUCCGGGUAUUGAACAUGUCUUUUACACAUCACUGGGUUUCGGAGGUGAUGGCCAACCGCGAUCGGCAGCAUACGUCAUGCAAGCACAUCUAAAGACGGAGGCGUGGUUGAGGGAACUGGUCAGCAAGCAUUCCAGAGUCACCUUCACCGUUAUCCGGGAGGGAAUAUACUCCGAAACGUGGCCCAUGUACACGGGCUUUUUCGAUGUGCAAGGCUCGGACGACAAAGUGAGGGUUCCGCACAACGGGUCAGGCCCCGGAGUCGCAUGGGCUUGCAUCAGCGACUUGGGCGAGGCCAGUGCAAAUCUCAUCAAGGAGUUUGUCGGAGACCCAGGGAACGCCAGAUAUAUCAACAAGAUCAUCGUGCUGAGUGGGCCAAAAUCAUGGAGCCUAAACGAGACGGCGGAGCUGCUUGGGAAGAUGGCGGGGAAGCAAGUUUCCGUCGAGCAGGUGUCGUUUGACGAUCAUGCGAACGAUCGCAAGGUCACAACUCCGCUGGGGUCUCAUGGGCCUGGGGGCAAUCAAGUCGCCAAAGACUGGACGACGGUAUUUGAGGCCAUCCGAAAUGGAGAAACCAGUGUCGUCAAUGGUGAGCUUGAACGACUCCUUCGCCGGCAGCCUGAGAGCUUUGAGACCACUGUGAAAAGAAUGCUGUCAGGUUGAGUCUUGACGUUUACAAUCGACUCAAAUCUUUCAGGUUCAACGGGUUGUAGAAGGUUCAAGUAUAUGAAAGCAUGAAAAGGAGGAGCCGGAGACGUUUUUCACCGUCGGCGCCGAACUUGUGAAAGGCAGUUUGUUAGCAGGACCGAAAGCAGUUGUUUGGGGUCACUAGGCGCAAGAAUUUGCCCAAAUGACACCUAAAUUGAGUACCUAAGUAUGCACUUGGGGGCAUCGUGGGGCAUUAACUCCAUGCAGCCGAAUCGCUAAAUCCAUUGACCAAGUGA